AGAUGAAAACAAACACUAACGAUGGCGGCGCCGGGAAGCGGCCGGCCGAAGGGCUUAACGCAGGAGUGAUCGCUUGAGUUGUGAGGAGAGUUAAGGAGCUCUGGUCGACGUGUGUGCGACGACUCACUCAGUCUUGAGAGCGAAUACUGGGGGUGUUCGAUCCACGAGCCUCCUGGGGGGUAAACUGUCUGCGACCCGGGCUGUCACUGCUGCUCCGGAGCGCAGAACCCUCGGCCGGGAGGCGCAGCUGGCCGGCCCCGGGCCCCUGCCUCCGUAAUGAGAGCCCCGAGCCACUCUUUGUGUCGCAGCUUUGCAGGUGAGGGUGACUGUUGACUAGUGAAAAAAGGGACCCAAGGUUCACGACUAUCUUCUUACUGGCAGUGGAACGACCUGAGGAAACCUGCGAUCCAUUCUCAUUAAAUAAAUCUCUGGAUUCCCAUAGGCAAUGGAAACUGAUCUCAAUUCCCAGGACAGAAAGGACCUGGACAAGUUCAUUAAAUUUUUUGCCCUAAAGACUGUUCAAGUGAUUGUCCAGGCUCGACUUGGCGAGAAGAUUUGUACUCGUUCAUCUUCAUCCCCAACGGGUUCAGAUUGGUUCAAUUUAGCAAUCAAAGACAUCCCAGAGGUUACACAUGAAGCAAAGAAGGCACUGGCAGGGCAGCUGCCUGCCGUCGGAAGAUCUAUGUGUGUGGAGAUCUCACUCAAGACUUCUGAGGGAGAUUCCAUGGAACUAGAAAUUUGGUGUCUUGAAAUGAAUGAAAAGUGUGAUAAAGAAAUAAAAGUUUCCUACACUGUGUACAACAGAUUGUCGUUGCUGCUGAAGUCUCUCCUGGCUAUAACGAGGGUGACACCAGCUUAUAGACUCUCCAGGAAACAAGGACAUGAAUAUGUCAUAUUAUACAGGAUAUAUUUUGGUGAAGUUCAGCUGAAUGGCUUAGGAGAAGGUUUCCAAACAGUUCGUGUUGGGACAGUGGGCACCCCUGUGGGCACCAUCACUCUUUCUUGUGCUUACAGAAUUAACUUGGCAUUCAUGUCCACAAGGCAAUUUGAGAGGACCCCACCUAUCAUGGGGAUUAUCAUUGAUCACUUUGUGGACCGUCCCUAUCCCAGCUCCUCGCCCAUGCACCCCUGCAAUUACAGAACCGCUGGUGAGGACACUGGAGUAACGUAUCCUUCUGUGGAAGAUUCUCAAGAAGUGUGCACCACCUCUUUCUCCACCUCACCUCCAUCCCAGUGUGUGUUUACUGUUACAAAGGCACAUUUUCAGACCCCUACUCCUGUGGUGACGGAUACCCUGAGGGUCCCCAUGGCAGGACUGGCCUUUUCCCAUCAACUCUCAAGCUCUCGCCUUUCCUAUCAGCCUGCUGCCCUGGGCGUUGGAUCAGCUGACCUGGCUUAUCCAGUAGUGUUUGCAGCUGGCUUACACACCACACAUCCUCACCAGCUCAUGGUUCCAGGGAAGGAAGGUGGGGUACCUCUUGCUCCCAACCAGCCUGCUCACGGUGCCCAGGCUGAUCAGGAGAGAUUGGCAACCUACACCCCUUCUGACGGGGCCCACUGUGCUGCCACACCUUCUAGCAGCGAGGACACUGAAACCGUAUCGAACAGUAGCGAGGGACGGGCCUCUCCCCAUGAUGUCUUGGAGACCAUCUUUGCCCGAAAAGUGGGGGCUUUUGUCAACAAACCCAUCAACCAGGUGACAUUGACUAGUUUGGACAUACCUUUUGCCAUGUUUGCUCCCAAGAAUUUAGAACUGGAGGAUGCUGAUCCCAUGGUGAAUCCUCCAGAUUCCCCAGAGACUGAAUCUCCUCUCCAGGGCAGCCUGCACUCUGAUGGCUCCAGCGGUGGCAGCAGUGGCAAUACCCAUGACGACUUUGUCAUGAUCGACUUCAAACCUGCUUUUUCUAAAGACGACAUUCUUCCAAUGGACUUGGGGACCUUCUAUCGUGAAUUUCAGAACCCCCCUCAGCUGAGCAGCCUCUCCAUAGAUAUCGGGGCACAGUCCAUGGCUGAGGACUUGGACUCGCUACCAGAGAAGCUGGCUGUGCACGAGAAGAACGUCCGAGAAUUUGAUGCCUUUGUGGAAACUCUGCAGUAAAAGUUGGUGUCCUCGCGUACCAGCAGCUUCCCCUUGUUGUGGUCCCAGGAGACAGAGCCUCCCAUUCAUCAGCUAUUCCCAUUCCUCGUCCUGCUCCAAGCCAGGUGGAGGGGAGGCUGGUUUCCCCCAUGGGGACCCCGAAGUCCCUGCUCUUGCCCCUCCUAGAGAUUUCAUGGCAGUAGUCAGGCCCUGUGAGAACAUUUGAGAGGACUCGCCCUCUGGCCUUGGAGAUGGGGAGACUCUUUGUGACAAAAAGGUCCUCUGCAGGCAGGGCCUGCUGCUUCUGUUCACAAAGGCGGCCCUCCCGUUCUUCCCACACUGGCCCCUUGCCUGUCACCGUUACCACCAACCAUGUAACAUUCCAGCUGGUGGCCCAGAGAUUGGUGUGGAGGCAGAGAGAGGAAGGAGACGGUGCUGGGAGGAAGGGCUCUCGCUCUUUGGUUCUGGUAUCUUCCUCUCUCCCUCCCUCUGCCCCGUACUUUUGGCAAUAUGACAGGCCUUCUGCCCUAGAUGAGAACUCUAAAGUCAGCCAUUCCCACCCUUGAAGGUUGUGCCAGCCCCACCCCCAGCAGAGGGUCUGAGCAGCCCUGGCGGCUGCCUGUGCUCAGCUCCUCAGCUACAUGGAAACCAAAUCCUGUGUCUCUAGGGUUGGAGUCACAGAAGUUCUCUUCUCUUCCCUCCCCUGUUGCUGCUCCUUGGUUCUAGAAUAUGGUAAAUAUUUAUUACUUUCAGAGAAGUCAGAUAUUUUAUAGAGAAAUUAUGUUUGAGGUUAGAUGUUUUCACUUGGGGAAGGUGAAGGGCCUCUUCCUGGGGCAGGGCCUGUUCCUGGAGGUUCCCCAGAUUCCAGGUUGCUGCUCUGGGGGUCUUCCUUCCCACAUAUGGAAGGUGGGAGCCAAGAACAGGGCUGGUGAGGGCAACAGACCUCCCAGACUUGCUGCAUUUGCACUGACAAGAGGCUUUACCUUGGACACCCACAUGUUCCCGCAAGAGCCUGGAUCUCUCACGGCGCCUGCAGUGACUGGCUUUGUUCUGGCAGCUGAGGAAGCCGUGUGUGCUGUAUGUGGUGACCCCUGGAGUCGUGCUGCACAUCGUGUCCAAGGGCAUUAUGUGUUCCCACUGGUGGCCUGGGGAUGUCCAGACUGGCCCCUCCUGGGGUACUUGCUUCUGUUCGUCAGGGCUGCGUUAUGGGCCCUUUUCUCCUUUUACCUGGGCCUGGCCACCACCCUCCUUUAAUCCCACCAUCUGUACCCUGCCCUGAGGUUUACUGGUUCCUUGUUGAGAAACUAAAGCUGGCACAUGAUUGACUUAACCCUUCAGGUAUUGUUACUUGGGUAAGUCAAGUGCUUGGCCUCACCCUCCUAGGCUGUCCCUCUACCAGCCUAACUGGUUGUCUUGGCCGUGGAAACCUAGGCCUGCCCCUUUCCUCCUGACCCACCAGGGGUAUUCAUUGGCAGCAGCUGGAGCACAUGGCCCUCAGCUGCUUGUAGUAAAUGCAUGUGAUAUUGUUCCCACUGACGAAGCUGAUCUCUGAGGGCUUGAGUGGGCUCUGAUGCUGUCUCCGUUAGGCUGAGCCCUGCCUGUGCAUGUGUUCUCUGCCACAAAGAAAUGUUCCCAGCAGUGGUGUCCAACUGGCCCUCCUAUCUUUGGGCCAGAGCACACCCAGGGCCUGCUAAACCAAUCCACAGCCCAGUGGAUUAUCCUCACGGCCCCAGUGCUGAGAAGGGUGGAGGCCCAUGGCAAGUUAUCUGUUGCCUUCCUCCCCCCUAACCCACCCCAAUGUCUCAGCCACUGCCCUUUUGAGGCCAAGUGUGGAAGGUCCUGAGUGCACAGACUGAGUCAAAGCCUUUGGCCUUGAUGUCCUAAUUGUUGGCCUGUGCAGGCAGCAACCUUUCUUCAGGACCCCAUCAGUGAGAGGCCAAGGAGGAGCAAAGCAAUGGUCAAGGCUGGCCCUUGCCCCUCAGCCCUGUACAAUGAAAGGUGUGAGCCUAGACCGACUUCUGCAGCACUGGGGGGCGGGGCUGGGACCAGCCAGCUGUCUCCAGGGGGCAGAGUCCCUCCCUCCUCCAGCCUACCUGGUUUGGAAAUACUGAGUUAGACUCUAAAAUGUGUUCAGGAGAUUUCCAAUAAAUUCUUUUCUGUACUUUACA